AUGAUGACCACUGUUUGGUUGGUCUGGAUUCACGCCGUUACGGUCAUGGCGGGAGUUCGGUCCCAAAAAUCGUCCAGCCCCUUCGAAAAUGCCACAUCCGCACUACUAGAAGCCGAGAGGUCUUCAUUAUCGACCACCGAUCCUGUGGAGAGCCCAUGUUCAAGUGUCAAUACGUUUCUCCUACAACAUAGAGCAAACGGUCCUCCUCAAGUGCCAGCAAAACUUGCAUACGAUUGCUUACGAUCUGUCCCUAACAAGCCUGGUCCCGCUAUAGACCUCAUCAACAGCCUUGGGUCAUACGUGAAACUACAAAGCACCAUUUCUUGGCUGAAAAGUCCUCCACCUUCAUACAAACUUCCAGCAGUCGAUAUUGAAAGCGGCCUUGAGAGGAUCAGAUCCAAGGUUGGAGCCGGUGGGUACCUCAGCGAGUACGACUUCCAACUAGAUAUCCUUGAGUUGAUAUCGGCGGCUCAUGAUGGGCACUUCGUAUUUCGAGGCGAUGUAUUUAAAGUCUUCAGCUUUCGUAAUAGUCUGAUGAAUGACGUGGUUUCAAUCUCUCAGGACGGCGUCGACAUUCCUAGGUUAUAUCACUUAGGACAACUACAACAAAAUACUUCUGCGUCCGCCAUUGCCAAGAUCAAUGGUAGGGAUGCCAAGAUCUUGAUUGAAGACUUGAAUCUUAAGUACAGUGGACUUCAAGAUCCAGACUCUCAGUGGAAUUCCCAGUUCAAGUCGUACGCAACCAAACAAAACUCUUUGGUGCUAUCUGUCUCACCCGUCUAUCAAGGCGACACAAUCAAUCUGGCUUACGAAAACGGCGAGCAGCGUGUUAAAGAAAGCUUUGCUAUCCUUCGGCCAGGCGUCAACUUCACUGGGAUCAGGAAUGGAGAAGAUUACUAUAACAGAUUUUGCAAUCCUGACUUGCCUUUGUCCAACGCGCCAGCCGAUGCAGGGAACAAAACAAGGCAAUCCAGGUCCAAUAGUCUAAGGGUGGUGUCACCGCUGACCGCACCAAUAGACGGUUACCCAACUCCUCAAGUUCGGGAUAGCGGGAUCAACUUGACAUCGGGGUAUUUUUUGAACGGUUCUGGAUACAUGGACGUUGCUGUGCUUGCUGUGUCAUCUUUUGCGCCACCGGAAGCAGUCGACAGUUUCGCGUACUUGAACGACUUUCAACAAACGGUCGAGAAAUUUUUGGCCGCUAGUCAAAAGGCAGGUAAAACGAAACUUGUAAUCGACGUCACAGGCAACGGAGGUGGCUUUAUUCUUGCUGGUUUCGACUUGUUUGCCCAACUCUUCCCUCACGUCAGUCGAUUCCAGGCAAAUAAUUUGCGCUUGCCGCCUAGUGUGACUACUUUGGCUCGGCUCGCUGCUGCGAUUCCGGCGAACUUUACACCCAAGACCCUCGAUGAACAGGAGGCCUUGAGCAACCUUCGCGGAAGCCCUUUACUCAGCAAUCUGCUACCAAAGGGCGUUUUUACACCUGAUAAACGAGAAUUCAAAUCCGUGGAGCAAAUUUUACACCCUGUAUCGCUGAACGGCGAUGCGUUCUCCGCUUAUCAGCAGAUUCCUAUGGAUCAGCCAGACCCUCUUUUCAACUUGACCGGAACUGGAACGAGGACAAACCCGCCUGCAAGCAUCUUUUCUCCAGAAAAUGUUGUCCUACUUACAGACGGGGUAAGGACGACUGUGAUGGGUGGGCGCCCUCAGACUGGCAUUAUGCAAUCUAUCGCAGGCGUCGAAGGUGCUCAGCUUUUGUCUUUCAAUGAUUUAACUAUUGAUGUUAAGUCUGCUCUACGAUUGGUCCCCGAGAGUCAAAGAAACGAUUUCGAGUUCGGAGAUCUUGGCGAGCUAGCUAAGGGUUAUGCUAUCAAGCGCUCAAUGAACCCCAGAGCCGCCGGCGCCUUGAACAUAAAGAACGCUUUUGCUUUAUCUAACGCCCAGGUACCACUACAAUUUCUCUGGGAGCCCGCGAACUGCCGAAUAUUUUAUACCAUCGAGUCACUAUCACAGCCAGAGGUUGCUUGGAAGCGUGCUGUUGAUGUAACAUGGAACAAUCGCACGCAGCUUUGUGUUGCCGAUAGCAUUGUCUCUGCUGUUAAGCCCGCUGCAAUUGAUCCCUAUUUCCUCCAGAGUGCGUAGAGUUUUGACAUAAUUGAGAGCAAAUAGGAAUCAUGUUAUUGGCGUUGCUUAAGAGUUAUCCUUAAUUUGUACGCUACGAAUACUAUGGGAUAUGUGGAAACGCUAUAACAGAUCAAAGUAUUGUGAUCGAUAUAAGG